AUGGCGGCGAAGACGGAAUCUGUACAAUGCUUCGGACGAAAGAAAACAGCUGUCGCGGUUACCCACUGCAAGCGGGGACGUGGAUUGAUCAAGAUCAACGGUGUCCCGAUCGAGUUGGUACAACCGGAAAUCCUGCGCUACAAGGCAUUUGAACCCAUCCUUCUCCUCGGUCGCCACCGCUUUGCCGGAGUGGAUAUGCGUAUCCGUGUCAAGGGUGGUGGUCACACCUCCCAAAUCUACGCUAUCCGUCAAUCCAUUGCCAAAGCACUCGUCGCUUUCUACCAGAAGUACGUGGAUGAGCAGUCCAAGAAGGAGAUCAAGGACAUCCUCGUGAGGUACGAUAGGACCCUGCUUGUGGCAGAUCCCAGACGCUGCGAGCCCAAGAAGUUUGGUGGUCGUGGUGCUCGUGCUAGGUUCCAGAAAUCCUACCGUUGA